AUGGAUUCUACAGAUGGUAAAAACAUAGGAUUUGUUAAAAGACAGGAAUUGAUUAGUGAAAGUAAGGAAAUAGAAAUGAUUGGUCAUCUUUACGGUGACAUUUUUAACCAAGAUAAAUUUUUAAUUAAUGGUGUUGAAAUGAGUGUUAAAUUGGUUCGAUCAAGAGAGAGUUUUAAUUUAAUUGUUGGGUCGAACGAUGUAAAGUUUAAAGUUUGCAUUACGGACGCAACUCUUAUUGUGCGACGAGCACGAAUUAAUCCAAGUAUAUUACUCGCACAUCAAAAAGUUUUAGCUUCUACCACUGCUAAAUAUCCUAUUACUCGAGCUGAAGUAAAAGUUUUAACAAUUCCUUCAGGUGUUCAAGGAAAAACUCUUGAUAAUAUAUUUUUAGGACAGGUACCGAAAAGAUGUAUAAUUGGAUUUGUGAACAAUUCUGCAUUUAAUGGUUCCCUUACUAAAAAUCCAUUUAACUUUGAAAACUAUGGUAUUAAUUCUUUCAGCUUAUAUAUUGAUGGUCAACAAAUACCUUCAAAAGCUUUGCAACCAUCUUUUAAUAAUAGCAUAUUUACAUCAGCAUAUCAUACUCUAUUCUCGGGAACUGGUAUUCACUUUCUUAAUGAAGGAAAUGGAAUCUCUUGUGAACAGUAUGGCAAAGGUUACUGUCUAUUAGCAUUUGACUUAACUCCUGAUUUAUCAGCUAACUCAUCAACUCAUUGGAAUCUCAUAAAGCAUGGUAGUGUAAGAAUAGAAGUACGAUUUGAAUCCUCAUUAAUACAAACAAUUAACUGUAUAGUUUAUGCUGAGUUUGAUAAUAUUAUUGAGAUAGAUAAAAACAGAAAUGUUACUGUAGACUAUAGUAGUUAA